GUCGGCGGACGGAUCCGGGGCUGCAAAGCGCGAGUGGCGGCGCCGCCAAUGGGACGGGACGGUAACCGGGAGUGGAUCUGCUGCCCACCCCACACCCUCUCAGCUGUUGCGUCCUUGGCUGCCCUCGGCGCCGCUGCCCCGGUUGCGCGCAGGGAGCUCAGCGAUCGCCUCCCCGCAGCUUCUCCAUCGGGAGGCCCGCCGCGCUCAAGGACGCGCCGUUGCGCAGGGUUGCCAGGAGGAGCCCCGUUCGAGGUGGCCGCAGUGCUUCUCCGCCGCCUGGAAGCAUAACCGAUGCCAGGGCGGGUGCCAACCUCCCCCGCGGGCAACGGGCUCUUGGGCAGACGCGACGUGCCCUGCUUAAUGAAUGAAUGAGCCGCCUUUCCCGGCCGGGACGCCUGGCCCGCCCUCUCCUUUGCCGGCCUCGGAGGCGGAGACGCCCCGGCUCGGGCUAACCUUGGGUGCGCCCAGGCAGGAGGUCCCGCUUCUUCACUUCUCUCCCCCUCACCGGAGCCACCGGCCGCUCAUCGUCGUUGCUGAGGCGACUUUCCUCGCCGGCAGCCGCCACCGAAGCCGGGCAGAAGGUUAAGCAGCUCUUAAGCCGGCUGCGUUUUUUUCGCUUCCUCCCCGGGAAGAUCAGCCUCGGGCUGGCCGAGAUAGGAGACCGGAGGUCUGCGUGAAGAUCCCAGGAUGAAGCACAAGCAGCCGUAACUAGCCACGCUGGAUAUUGAGUGACCUGCUGUUUGUCAUCCAAGAUGGCUGCCUUGGGGUUGUUCCUUAUCUGGAGCCUGCUCUUACCUGCCUCCCUCCUGGCUUUGUACCUCCCGACUCCAGAGAACUCUACCUGGCACUUGCCCCUGAACUCUGUCCCAAAGUCACCUCUGUUGGAAGUCCCCUCCAAAAAGCCUCCUCAAAGGGCCCUGCCAGUUGUUCCCCGCUCAGAUUCCUCCGGCCUUGAGUUCUCUAGUGGAGACGGGGAAUUGAAGAAUGAGAACAGGCAAGGGGCCACUCCAGUGGGCCACCCUACAAAAUCCAAGAGGAGGUUCAAACUCCUUGCCAAGGGGGCACCAACCCGUUCUUCUGGUGGAAGUUUAGCUCCCCACUUGGCUGAGGAGAGUCUUGUCCUGCCAACCGAAGGCUUGCUCAGUGUUCAGGGAGAGGUUGAGGACGCCGGUGGUAUAAUUUGGGAACGAAGUCCGAAACAGAGGAAGAAAAAGCUCCCUCUUCCUUCUUCUGGCGUAUCAAAGAGAAAUAUGUCCGCCUCUGUGGCAGCCUCUCUUCCCACUUCACCCAGACUAGCGGCCACAGAAUUACCUGUCUCUCAGGAGGGAUCCUUGCCCAACCUCCACCAAGCAGGGUUCAAGCAGGGCCUCCUCGCCACUACCUUAAGCCCCAGGCCCACCGUGUCCACCAUUCCAUUGGCAACAUUCCCUGUUAACAGAUCUCUUGUCAAAUGGGAGGUGGUGGAGGAUGCCAAACUUAAGACUGGUGCUUCAAGAGGGUGGUUGGAAAACAGAGUGCCGGAGCAGGAAGUGCUGGGCCGGAACUUAACCACAGUGAAAUAUUUGGCUUCAUACAAGAGUAGACAGGUCUACAGUGGCCACCUUGGCCAGGAAGAGCUUUCUACGUCUCCUCUUAGGCCUGUGGUUCAGGCAGCUGGAGAUGCUCAGAAUCUCCCUGGGCAAGACAGGGAUGUACCACCAGCGACUUCCCCUCCUCGGGAAGGAGUAGUUACCCCACUGAUUGGGAAGGGGCACAGGCAAAGCCCAGCAAGCUCCCAUCUGCCUGUUUCGGAGGGCCACUUCCCUGUCCCUUUCACCCCUACACUAUCCGGGGUGACCUCCCAGGAACCGAAUCAUCAUCCAAGAAGCAAGCAUUGGAAUCUGAUCGUUGAUACCACCCAGCAGCCAGGACGUUGGGGCACAGCUGGAAUGGAAACCACCGUCUUUCAAGGCAGCUCUGCUACCCCAGGGACUGGAGAAAUGCCUGAUAUUGCAGAGCCCCAACGUGUCAGAGGAGCUGUGAACACCAAAGUUUCCCUCACAUAUUUUGGCUCCUCUACCCCUGGACAGAGCCCCUCCAAAUUGCAGGAUGAUACAGGAAUCAAGCAUUCAGAUCCAGCUUGUAAGCACCCUUCUGGGCAAAGUAGCACCGUGGUCUCCACUACAUCUGCUCGUCUUCCAGCUGCCCCUCGCCGUGGGUUAAUCCAAGUCACCACACAAAGAGUUGUGCAACAUCCUCAGUUGCCGAAG